AUGUCUCCGUCGCAAGGUCCAGUCAAGAAAUUAGAUGACAAAUUCGUGGAUAAAAUCGGCAAAUUUGUUGCUGACAUCAAAAAUGGCAAAUUGAAAGGAUCAAACAAUGUGGCUUUAUCAAUGGUCACCUUGUUGGAGAACAUUAUCAGCGAGUCACAGCAUGCAACUGCCUAUGAGCUGUUAAGCCUGGUGCGUUCAGCUGGCAGACGCGUGGCUGCAGCACUUCCCCACCAGCUCGCAGCUUCCAACGUUGCUCGAAGAAUACUGCGCGCAAUCAGAGAUGAGAACCGAGCUUCUGCUAAUCAGAGUGGAGAGGCAUCUGGCGAGAGUUUGCAACGAUUAGUUCUAGCGACGAGCGCCAGACGCGCCACCAUUGGGACCACUCACCAUGACCUCCGAGAACCUUUGAGGGAUCAUAUCGCUGAGCUCCGCACAGAACUGGAGUCCUCAUCAUCGACAGUGUGCUCAGCAGCCCGAGAACACGUUCACGCUGAUGAGCUGAUACUAACGUAUGGAGCCAGUGCCCUAGCUGAAAGGUUCCUCAGGACUGCAGCCUCCAGGAGAUACAAGCUGAUACUGGCUGAGGGUACAGACGUUCAAGAGAGUCACGCUAUGGCAGCGAGGCUGAGUGCAGCGGGCGUGUCUGUGACCAUCAUCAGCAGUGCUGCCAUCUUCGCUGUCAUGUCACGUGUCAACAAGGUGGUGGUGAGCGUGUCAGCCGCCCUAGGGGGGGGCGCGGCGCUGCUGGCGGGGGGGGGCGCACGCCGUCACGCAGGCCGCCAAGUACUACAGCGUGCCGCUCUCGCACCCCUAUACAAGUUGUGUCCGAUCCACGCCAGUGAUGAUUCUCACUUCAACACCCUCAUAGCACCCACCACAGCCAUCCCUUACGAAAAUCACGAAGUCGGUGAUGUGCACGUGUAUACACCGAUGUACGACUUCGCGCCACCAGAUCACAUCACACUGUUCAUCACCAACUUAGGCGGCAGUUCACCAUCCUAUAUGUACCGGAUGCUCUCAGAGCUUUACGAUCCUAAUGAUUAUACCCUCUAA